GACUACGUACAUUUCCCAGCAUUCCGUUCCAACUUCCUUUUCCUCCAUUUUGCUAACAGUGCAGGUUUUUCCGUGCCUGGGAAUAGACUCAAGAUGCCAGGAAGACUGUGGAGCAAGGCCAUCUUUGCCGGGUACAAGCGUGGCCUAAGGAACCAGCGGGAGCACACAGCCCUGCUGAAGGUGGAGGGAGUGUACACACGGGAGGAGGUUGACUUCUACCUAGGCAAACGCUGUGCUUACGUCUACAAGGCUAAGAAGAACACAGUGACGCCUGGUGGCAAGCCCAACAAGACGCGGGUAAUCUGGGGGAAAGUCAUGCGCGCUCAUGGCAACAGUGGAAUGGUGCGGGCCAAGUUUAGCAGUAACCUCCCAGCAAAGGCCAUGGGACACAGAAUCAGAGUGAUGCUGUACCCAUCUCGUGUGUAAUGUGCUGUUUUUGUGUACAUACAAUAAACAAGUCAGGUCCACAA